AUGAGGAAGUAUCAAUUCCAAUGGCGAUUAGGGGCAAAUGGCCUCCCACACAAGAUAGAUGCACCCGAUGAAACACGUCGAAUCGACAGUAUCCUCCGACAAGCACUUGUUUGGACAGAGGCCAGCUUCUGUGCUCUAUGGAAGCCCCAAUUGCAGGAGUUCCCAUACAUCUUUGACCACGACAGACGAGCCGAGGUGCUGAGAGACGCUUUUCUUCUUGUGUCAGACCUUCUCGAAGUUGGAAAAACGAGAUUGGCCUUCAGCUCACUGAACGAGAUCUUGGAUACAAUCCCGCGAUACUUUAUCAACUCGCAUCCUGGACUUUUCCUGUGCAUUUUAGAAGCUGCUUUGGGUCUCAACAUGCCUAAGGCACCAAAGAGUCUACACAAAAAGGUCAAAGAGCACUUGGCCGAGAUCUCAUGGGUACUGCAUGGCCCUAGCCAUCCUCUCACAGUCUUGUUAUCGCAGCGAUCGGAAGACUGUGGAAAUGUCUUUUAUAUCAUGGAGGUCUUGCUCAGCUGUAUGAGGGAUAGUCUAGCCAAAGUUUUCGGCCAUUCUGGCUACCAAACUCGCUUUUACGAAUUUACUAUGGCUCAGAACUAUGCGCGUAUGGGUAAGAUCGAAGAGGCACAAUUGACCUUAAUUCGAUUGAUCAGAGUAUGCUCCGACCAGUUUGGGAGCGAUAGCGGAUUUGUUGGCCUCUCGGAGUUCGAGUUGAACAGAAUACGACUAGAUUGGCCAGCCAGCCAGUCUUCAGCCAACCAGGGGGAGACGCCAGAUAAUAACCACAUGCUAUUUAAGGUCGAGAAGGCUUUUCAAUAUUACAACCAACUCCUUGCCACACAAAUUAAGCAAGAAUCACCGACGGCAACACUGGAAAUCCCAUGCUGGCGGAUAGAGUUGGCACGUUAUCUAUUUCAUAAGAGACGUUAUACUAUUGCGAUGCACCUUUACUGCAGCGGGAGCUUCGAGGAGCUGUCGAUUUGUAAUCCCCAAGUAAAGAAAUCUCCAGACACUUGGCUUGCGGAUCGCAUCGCGAAUGCGGCGAAAAAGGCAUUUCAAAUCGAGUCGACGUGGGCUCAGGAAACUUGUCCAGUCCUAGGCCCACUAGGUUAA